AGGAUCGCGGCUUACGUUGAAGCAGGAAACAUGGCGCUACACAUAGCCCGAGCUUGCAGGACGGAGUCGGCUCAGUUGACCCAGAGGCUGCUUCUAGCGGUAUGGCACCAAAGCAGUUGGCGAUGUCACCAUACCUCAGGAACAUCUCUGAAGUACAUACCACGACGGGCCGUUCUUUAUGUACCGGGCAACGACGAGCGCAAGCUUAGGAAGCUCACCUUGCUGGACGUGGACUGUGCAGUUCUGGACUGCGAGGAUGGCGUUGCCCUUAAUAAGAAGGCAGCAGCACGAGAAACGAUCGCGAAGAUGCUGGCAGAGCUGAAUCUGGGGAGUACGGAGAAGUGCGUACGGGUGAACUCCGUGUCCAGCGGUCUGGCUGAAGCUGACCUGGAGGUCAUUCUGCAGGCGGAGGUCCUGCCCCCAGCGCUCAUGCUGCCAAAGGUGGAGGACACUGGAGAAGUGCAGUGGUUUGUUGACAGGUUUCAGCAGCACUUAAAAGGCCGGAAGCUGAUGGAACCCAUUCGCUUAGUCACCUUUGUGGAAACUGCUGUGGGGUUGCUGAAUUUUAAGGCUGUGUGUGAAGAGAUCCGGCAGCUCGGACCAAAAGUUGGUCUGCAUCAUGACGGAGUGGUGUUCGGCUCCGAUGACUUCUGUGCCAGCAUAGGUGCCACAAGGACCAAAGAUGCCCGAGAGCUGUUGUAUGCACGUCAGAAAGUUGUGGUCACCACUAAAGCUUUUGGCCUCCAGGCUGUUGACCUUGUUUACAUUGACUACCAGGAUGGAGAAGGGCUGCGGCAACAGGCCAGAGAGGGCGCACUCAUGGGCUUCACUGGAAAACAAGUGAUCCACCCAAACCAAAUCAAGGCUGUACAAGAAGAGUUCUCCCCUAGUCCUGAGAGAGUCAAAUGGGCCACUGAGUUGAUUGCUGCAUUUAAGGAACAUCAGAAGCUGGGGAAGGGUGCGUUCACCUUCCAUGGCAGUAUGAUUGACAUGCCGUCAUUGAAGCAGGCCCAGAACAUCGUCACCUUGGCCUCAGCCGUCCAGGGGAAAUGAGCCAAACUGGGGCUGUGCGGGCAGCCGUAUCUGUCACCAUGCAGGGCAUCGGAUGAUAAACUGGGAAGUCCAGACAGACGUGUGUCCUCUUGGAUCAUUAGCUGUAGCUCAUCUAAUGCUGUCUAAAAUCAGCAGUAGCGAGUGGUCUGAUGGCAUGUUCUUCAAUUUCAAAAACAUUCUUAGUGUAUCUAUGAUUUUUAUUUUAUUUAUAUGUUAUAUAUAAAUUUAUCACACACACGUACAGUACUGUGCAAAAGUCAGAGACCGCUCUUCAUUUAAUCAGUUUCCAGUUAAAAAUUACCUUUAAGUACACAUUCAUUUUUCAGCAAAUAUUGCUGCGGAGAUUUCAGAUAAUGCACUCGCAUAAGGAAGGAGAAAGUCAAAGAAAAAGAAAAAUGAUGAAAAGAUACAGAAGAAACAGCAUUCCAACAUACCGUAGAAGUCCUGGUAGACCACCAAACUGUCAUCAUAAGAUAAACAGUACUUAAAACUUUAAUCUUUGAGAAAGAGGAGAAAAUCAAGCUCCACUCUUGCUUCAGAUCUGAAGAAAUCUACAGAUGUUUCUGUCCAUCCUUCAACUGUGAGAAGACAACACUAUAAGUCUGAAAAUAUGUGUAGCUGUCAAGAAGCCCUCACUGAGAAGAGGAAAUGGACAAAAAAGAAGAACAUUUACAAAUCAUACAAAGAAGCUGCUGGUGUGCUCAAAACAAUGAACUGACCAUCCCAUAGUCCAGACCUGAAAAUCACUGAAUGUGUUGGGAUUACUUGGAUCAUGUGAAGCAGAAAAUUCAACCAACUUCUAAGACUGAACUUUGGAGGUGUGGAAAAAUAUCCGUGCAGAUUUGAAAAACUGAAAGCAGGUCUCCCAAUAAGAAUGGAAGCUGUAGUAAAUGCAAAGG